AAAAAUAGAAUUUACGUAUGAAGUUUAAAACAUUUAAAAAGUUGUGAAGAAAGGUGCAUUAACUAUGGAUGGUAUAGGUGUUUUAAUAAAAUCCAGUGGUCGUAGAAGUUUUAAUGAAUAUGAUCACAUUUCAUUCCCGCCACAAAGACUUAGACGUAAAACAUGGUGCGGAUUUAGUAACGAAACCGACCGUUGCUUUUUUAAAAUCGUAGAAGUAAAUGACGAACAGUGCAGUCAAGUAAUGAACAAAAAUCAUAGUUCAUUAAUCGCCACAAAUCCUGCUGUUGUAAAGGACCUGGAACUGAAUUUUGGUGAUAAUAAGUGUGUAGAAAGUCUACAGCAAUCAAAAGAAUUCGAUGCAGUUGUCUUUGACGUAUUGAAAGUUCAACCAGAAGAUGUUGCUAAUCAAUUAACUCUCAUUGACUUGCCGUUAUUCCAAAGUAUUGGACCAGAGGAAUUAACAAGCUGUUGCUGGACGAGUAAAAAGAAAUAUGAAAUAUGUCCAAACGUUGUAAAUUUCACGAAAAGGUUUAAUCAGGUUAGCUAUUGGGUGACAAGAGAAGUUUUAAAUUCCAAUACAGCGAAAAAUAGAGCAGAAAAAUUAAUUUAUUUAAUAAAAGUAGCCAAAAAACUGUUUGAUCUUAAUAACCUAAAUUCUUUAAAAGCAGUUGUAUCUGGAUUGCAAAGUGCACCAAUAUAUAGAUUAACAAAAACAUGGAAUUUAAUUCCUAAACGAGAUAAAGAAAAACUGGAAAAACUGAAUGAAUUAGUAGCAGAAGAUAAUAACAGAAUAAAAUUUCGUGAAUAUAUACAAACAGUGAAAUUACCAUGCAUACCUUACUUAGGUAUGUAUUUAACAGACCUGACGUAUAUAAAUACUAUACAUCCCUUAACAGGAGGUCUUGAUGUUGCUAGAACGAAUAAGAUGAACGAAAUCUUGAGAAUCAUAGCUGACUUCCAGCAAUCAACAUAUGAUCUGAAAAGCCAAAAAUAUAUACAGGAAUAUUUAAAUUCCAUCAAAUAUAUCGAUGAACUUCAAAAGUUUAUGGAAGAUGAAAAUUACAAACUAUCUCAGAAAAUAGAACCAAGCACGGCCACUCUAAGAGAGUCAAAAGACCUAGGAAGGAGACGACGUGAAAUAUUUUCUGAAUCAGAUGAAACGUAUCGUCUUCACCCUAAAGCACCGUUAGCAAAAUCCAAUAGUUUAAGAGACAAACCAAAAUCAUCUAACUUGACUGUUAAGUCAUCCAGUUUGAACCUUCCUAACACGCCGUUUCGUUCACCUUCGCCCGAUAAAAAAGUAUUUACACCUGGACAUAGGAAAGUGAAAAGUCUAGGAAGCAACCAACAGUUGUUAGCAUCACUUUCGGCACUAAACACGUUAAAUUUACCUGGUAGUCAAAGCAGUAGCGUAUCGAAUUCAGGUGGUUCCCGUUAUAACUUGAUGGAUGACACGUUGCUGGAAGAUCAAAGCAAUGGCGACAUUCACGCAAGCACAAGUUAUGAAUCUGGCUUGGAUCAGGAUCAACCAGAAACUCAUCCUAUUAUACAAAACUUCGAACCUCCGGCAAUAGGUUGUGAGCUUUCACCGUGUUUACCUGAUACAUAUUUCAAACUGCAAGGCUUCUUAAAGCGAAAGACUUGUUUAAAAAAUGGAUACAAACCAAAGGUCACCAGUUGGCAACGAUAUUGGGUGGGAAUAACCUGUUCUUGUCUUAUUUAUUUUCUUCCAAGAUAUCGAGCCUUUGGAGGCCACGAAAGAACGCAUUUUCGACAAGAUCCUCACAAAAUUUUACCGUUGCAUGGCUGCACUGUGUUCGUUAGUGAUAUACAUUCAGAUUCGUUUCGUUUAACUGAGGACAGGGGAAGUAACGUGUAUCAAUUCCGUGCUGGCACUCAAGCGAAUGCAAAACUGUGGUGCAAAUAUAUCGCAGAAGCUUCUGAUGACAAAAAAUUAACGCCGGCAAACUUAAUCACGUUCGAUGAAUCAGAUGAUGACAACACGCGAUUAUGACAAAAAAUAUGGCUGAGGACUAACUCGACAAGAAUUUGCAAGUAAAAUUUAUUUAAAUACUGGUAGUUUCGUUUUAUUGAAGACGAUGUUGUAAAUCUCACAAAAGUGGUAACUUCUUUCCCUUUCAAUCAGUUUCCAUCGUAUUCCAGUCGUGUUCCAGUGUUUUUUUGUUUUGAAAAAAAAAAGUUUUAUUUGACUUUAUAAAUUAUAAUUUAUCUACUAUUUUAUAUGUCUGUUAACAAGAGUUAUUAUAUACGAAGCUUUCUUACGGCUGUAAGCCUUCUUCUAUGUUUUUGAAGUACAUAUUUUCAUGCGGACGUGUAAAUCAUGCUUUAAUAUCGUCGUUAGCACGUGAACACACGUCAGUGUUUUUUUAAUGAACGAUAAUAUUUUAAGGGGUUAAAAUUUCCAGCAAAAUUUUUUUGUAAAUAUUUUUUUUGUCAGAAUUUAAGAAUAGAAAACUGUUUAUAAAUUGUACAAAAUGUGUAAAGAAAAUAUAUAUUGUCAUUAUUUAAUAAAA